AUGGGUAAAGGAACUUUUGAUGAAAUAGGUUCAACACGAGUAACAUUACAAUGGUUUUCUAUAAUGGUAUUAAGUUCACAAGUAGUCGGUGUUCUUGCUAUAAUUCUUCUUGCUGUUCUUUUUGGUCAAUAUCGUGGUGGUUUUGGAUGGACAGUUAAAUUUAAUUAUCACCCAUUAUUUAUGACAUUGGGUAUGGUUUUUUUCUAUGGAGAUGCUAUUUUGGCUUAUCGAGUAUUUCGUGAUGUAAAAAAACUUCGUGUUAAAAUUUUACAUGGAUCUUUAUUGGCACUUUCAUUUAUUUUUUCAACAAUUGGCCUUAAAGCUGUUUUUGAUAAUCAUAAUUUUGCUAAUCCACCAAAAGCAAAUCUUUAUUCACUUCAUUCAUGGGUUGGUCUUACAGCCGUGAUUUUAUUUGCAGCACAAUGGGUGUGUGGUUUUGUUAGCUUUUUAUUUCCGAAAUUAAGUGAAGAUCUUCGUAAAGCGUAUAUGCCAAGUCAUAAAUUCUGGGGUAAAGCUAUCUUUCUUCUUGCUAUUGGAGCUGUUUUAAUGGGUAUUACAGAAUAUAGUAUUUUUUAUAAAAUAUAUAACAAUAACGAUGUAGAUUAUCAACGACAUUUAAUUUGUUUCUUUGGAGUUUUUGUUCUCAUCUUUGCCGGUAUUGUUCUUUAUCUAGUCAGUAAUCCUGGUUAUCAACGACCACCUGACAAUGAAAUUGAACAUGUGCCUUUAGCUGAUUAA